UGCAAAUACAGAAUUGCAGAAGUUCAGCAGGAGCUUAUCACCCCCCUGAGAAGGAAAGCGAAUUUUGAGUUUUUGUGUACAGGAGAGAGGUCAGAUUGGCAGUCAAUUAUUUUCAAAGUUUGCUGCUCUGUUAAAAUUCAGCGUUCCCAUUGCAUGUCCAGGCUAAGGAUCAAGAACAGGCCCUCCAUGCCGCCAGGGAAAAAGCCGAGUCUUUGCAGCACAAGUUGGAGGAAGCUGUUUCUGAAGAGCAGGAUUUCCAAGCAUUAAAUAUUACUUUAUCAAAUGCUUGCCAGAUACCUGGACAGAAGACAAGAAAAGUGAAAUGAGAACGUGGCUCAUCAGUUACCACCUGAGGGUCUGCUGCAGACCAGUGAAUAUUCCACACCACCCACCGGACAUACUUCUUCCAUGAACAAUACUAUAACCUCCAGUGAUUCAAAAUCUGAAUUUUUGACUAUGGCCUCUGAUCAUCUUGAUUCCAAAUCACAAUAUGAAAAAGAGGAAACAGCACAGUCAGCUUCUGUAAUGAUAGAGAACCAAGGUGAAAGCUUAGCUAAUAAAGAUACGCCACUCUACAUUUCUGUGGAAGAAGAGAAAACCGCAUUAAAUUUGGAAACCAAAGAAGGACCUGAAGCAGUAACAGAGUGUAAAGAAGAAUGUGCUGUGGGAGGAGAAACUGCUGCUUCUGCUAUUCCAGUAACCAGUGUUCAAUCAGCCAACUUUAGACAAAGUGAACACAUUUCAACAAAUGAAAAAGAAGUGGAGGCUGAAUUUCUUAGAUUAUCUUUGGGAUUUAAGUGUGACUGGUUUACCUUGGAGAAAAGAGUCAAGCUUGAAGAGAGAUCUCGGAAUCUGGCUGAAGAGAAUCUAAAGAAGGAGAUUGCUAACUGUUUAAAGUUAUUAAAGUCUUUAAUAACCCUAUGUGAAGAUGAUAACCAAGCCCAGGAAAUCAUUAAGAAGCUGGAGAAGAGUUUAAAGUUUCUUAACCAGUGCACAACAAGAGUUGCUAGCAAGGCAGAGAUGCUGGGAGCCAUUAAUCAGGAAAGCCGAGUCAGUAAAGCAGUGGAAGUGAUGAUUCAGCAUGUUGAAAACUUGAAGCGAAUGUAUGCCAAAGAACAUGCGGAAUUAGAAGAGCUGAAACAAGCUCUCCUUCAGAAUGAAAGGCCAUUUAGCACCCUUGAGGAUGAAGAUGACCCUCAACCUAAAAGGCGUUCAGCAUCUCUAAAUUCUAAGCCAGCUUCUCUUCGAAGAGUCAGCAUUGCAACCUUGCCCAGGAAUAUUGGAAAUACAGGAUUGAUGUCGGGAACUGAAAAAAAUGACCGCUUCAGUAGGAGAUCAAGUAGUUGGCGUAUUUUGGGAUCAAAGCAAAGUGAACACCGUCCAUCACUUCAGCACUUCGUUAGUACAUAUUCUUGGGCUGAUGAUGAGGGAGAGAAAUGUGAUUCAAAAAAUAAAGAAGAAUCAGAACCACCUGCUGAGGAAGUUUUAGAGAAAACAAGAAAACUAAGCCUUUCUGAAAAGAAGAAAAAUCUAUCCAGAUGGGAUGUUUCUUCACUUUAUGACAUAGGAGCAACCUGGGCGUGUGAUCUCAAGACAUCCUUCCGAAAGACAAAUGUAACUCUCUGGAUAUCUGUCAUGCUUAUUGUAUUGUUUGCAGCUUUUAUGAGUUUUCUUACAGGUCGAUUUUUCCAAAGGCCUGUAGACGCUGCUCCUGUAGAAAACGGGGGCUCCUGGACUUCGCUCCAACAAACUUUGUGGCCUUAUACCAAACUCCAACACAAUGGGCCUCCACCAGUAUAAUGGCAACAUACAACAGCAAUCCCAUGUUGAUUUUUAAAUUGACUUGUAAAUCAAUGAUUUUUACUCUGGAAAGUUGCUUUCUUGUUUUAGUAUAAAAAGUGAAACAUAGAAAACUACCACCUUUUAGAAAUGUUUCUGUCAUUCUUAUGUCCCAGAUAAUUUUCUAAAACUAAGCUAAUGAAUAUUGUUCUCUUCUCAAAGUACAUAGGAAGUCUGUGAUUUUUAGUUGAACCAUAUGAAGAAAAUUUGCACUGUUUUGUCCACUGUGAAAUAUUAAAGAAAUAAAGGAUCCUUACAGUUUUAA